AUGAUUUUUUUAGUUUGCCUGAUACCAGUAGUACUAACAGUGAUGUUUCUACUAGAUAUUCAAGCUCCUAGCUGUAACAACGAAUCCGACGAAGGAAGCUCGUCAAUUUGGCAUAAAAUUCGUGGUUACAGGAACGUGGUACAUAGACCACGUGAGUUGUCUAAACAGGUAAUCAUGGCCUUGAGUCAGAGAAAGAUCUAUGACCUUAAAGCGGUGGGCAAACAGACAAACAAAAGUGAAGACGAGAAUGAGAUCGAUAUGCGGCUUUGGAAGUUGAUAAACGAUACGUCCGUUGACUUGGACUCGUUCUACCCUCUGGUCAAAUCGAUGGAUUUGAUAAUAGACAGUUUUUGUGAUCGUGUUGAAAAUAUUGUUCUGAAGUAUCAGGUCGGUGUGAUUCUUGUUCCAUAA